AUUGUGGUUACCGAAGAGAAGGGUCGUGGAGUGAUAACCACGCGGUCAUUUUCCCCAGGUGAAUUUGUGGUGGAGUACGUUGGUGAACUCAUCUCUGGUAGUGAGGCGCGAGCACGCGAGGCUGAGUAUAACAAGGACCCUAGCGUGGGGUCUUUCAUGUUUUUUUUCUGCCAUGGAAAUCAGCGCUACUGCGUGGAUGCAACUGAAGAAACAGGUAAACUCGGCAGACUCAUCAACCACAGUCGACUACAUCCCAACUGCGUUGUCAAAGUCAUACCCAUAAACGGGGUUCCUCACCUAGCCCUUUUUGCGAAAACCGAAAUCCCACCAGGGGAAGAGCUUCUAUACGACUACGGCGACCGUGGCAAAGCGAGUCUCACUGCUCAUCCGUGGCUUAAGACGUAG